UUUAAGACGUGUCCUGAUUUCGGUUGUGAGUGUUAUUUGAGGAAUGGUAGUGUUGAAUUAGUCAGGAAUACUCAUGAUAGAUAAUUGACAUAACAAGUUCGCAUUUGAGGUGACGUUUUCAUCAAUUUUAUGAAGUUUGAUUUUUGACAUGAUGGCAAAACCCUUUACUCUUCGUUUGGACAGGAUUGCAUGAAUUGCUGGUAUAUGCUGGAACUGUGACGUGUCCCUAAGAAGACAAAGGAGGUUGUCAGAGAGCAGAAUGGUGGAUUCAGACAGUUCUUCGGAGGCAAUACCUACAUCCAAGAAACUGCUGUGUGGUCUAGUCUUCACCGCGAUGCUACUUCAGUACGCAGGGAGGACCAGUGUGUCUGUUGUCCUUGUACAGCUACAGGAGUCAACAAGCAACAUCACAAACGCCAGUGUCUCUAAGCCUCAUGUCGGGUACAGCCAGUUCCAAGUCGGAGUAAUACUGAGUUCGGUCUACGCUGGUAUGCUGCCCUCGAGCUUUAUUGGAGGUUUCCUGGCCUAUCGGUAUAGGGCUAUGAGGGUGCUCUUGACAUCAGUUGGCAUCAACUCCGUUGUCCACUGUCUCGGCCCUGUCAUGUUCCAACGUUUUGAGACUGCGGUUACUCAACGUGUUCUGGCAGGGCUGGCAGAGGGAACAUCAGAGCCUGCUGCUUACGGUGUUCUUGGUGAAUACAUGCUACCGAGACAAAGUGCAAGAGUUGCUCCCUUCGUCUUUUCAGGCUUCUAUUUCGGCCAGUUCCUUGGACUCAUAUCGACAGGCUUUAUAACCCAAAGGCUCUCCUGGAAGGUGACAUUUUAUCUAUUUGGUUGCCUGGGGAUUGUAUGGACGAUCGUCUCAGUUGGGGUGGAAGCAACAGGUGUUGCGAAAAAGCAUGAAAAGGACGAAACGGCUGAAAAGGACAAUGGCAAGAUCACAAACAUGAAAAGCGUCCCGUUUUGCCGUAUCUUGACAUCAGGGGCUGUUUGGGCCUUAAUUCUAUUACACGUGUUGUCUUACACUUGGGACCCAAACUUGCUUCCACUCUACUUCAACCAAGGCUUUGGCACGAAGGUCGAACUGGCUGGAAUGCUAGCUGGAAUUCCAAUACUAGCAUUUGCAGCUUUAGAGCAGCUGUUCGCUCUGUUUGGAAACUUCCUCUGCAAGUAUGUCACAACAACUGUCGCGCGAAAGGCCAUGGCUGUCACUGCUUGUUUAUGCGUUUCUGGAUGCCUUGUCGUGGCAGCCUUUACCACCAACUUUGCUGUGGCAGCCUGUUUCGUUGCCGUUAGCUUUGGAUGUUCUGCAGCGAGGGUAGCGGGUAUGUUCUUUUCGUUUUUUUUUAACCUUGAACCGAGAGUUCAAGGUCUUGGUUCACAUUUUGCCAUACGUUUGCCAUGCUUUUGCCCUUCGUGUGUGGUAAAAAGUGAUGAGAGAAGAGGGUCGGGCUCCGCCAAUAAAUACUGUGCCCUGGACACAGUAGAUAACAACUCGCUGCCCUAAGGCCUUAAAAAGGGCUAUAAUGCUACAUUUAUGCACUGCAAGCAGGAGCCAUGUUGGUUAGUUUUUCAUUUCUUUUCUUUUCUUCUUCUUCUUUCCAAUUUCUGAUGAUGCCCCUUGGAUCUUAU